CGCCUUUACGUUUUAUUACUUUCGCACUUUGCUAUGAAGUUUACACGUUUGCUCAACCUGAAUCUGCAUAGUCAGUGGGAUCCACUUAUCCAAAAUGAGAACCCUCAACGAGCCCGAGGUGCUUGACUCAUCUAGCUCAACAGAUGGCAAGUAUCUGUGUCUCACUAUUUGCGGCUAUCGCAAGCCUGGUAUGAGCGAGGAAGAAUACCGGCAUCACAUGGUUAACGUCUCAGCGCCCAUGACCAAGGGACUCAUGGUGAAGUAUGGAGUCAAGAGAUGGACCCAGGUUCACAACCAAACGGCCACGCGCGCCCUCAUGGCCCAGCUGUACGACCCGCAGAUGGCCAACGUGGCCGACUUCGACUGCUUCAGUCAGGUAGUUUUCAAGAACGUCGAGGACUACAAGCGCAUGAAGGAGGACCCGUGGUAUAAGGAGCACCUGAUGGGCGAUCAUGAGAAGUUUGCUGAUACCAAGAGAAGCACGAUGACGAUCGGGUGGAUUGAGGAGUUCAUUAGGGAGGGCGAGGUGGUUGACUGCUUUAAGGACAGUUGAUUGUGGUGGUUUGGGGAAUUUUGUUCCAAGCUUGGAAGGAAUGGCGAGGUCUUGUUCGACGUUUCACUUCAGAGACUAGGAACAAUGAACUAUUAGAAACUUUU